AUACUUAACAUUAUGGAUGCCCAGUCCCACCCGCAUAGCGACGGCAGCGCUUCCUCCGACGCUGCCCCUCGGCGUAAAUGCACGGGGAAGCGAGCGGCUCCGGAGCCCGGAGCUACACCACCUCCGGCUCCUGCUCCGGCGCCGGCGGCCAUCACAAUACAAGCCCCUUGCGGUGCAUGCAAGUUCCUGAGGAGGAAAUGCGUGAGUAGUUGCAUCUUUGCCCCCCAUUUUGGCUCCGAUCAAGGGGCCGCCCGCUUCGCCGCCGUCCACAAGGUGUUCGGCGCCAGCAAUGUCUCCAAGCUUCUCUUGCACAUCCCGGCAAACCGCCGCCACGACGCCGUCGUCACCAUCUCCUACGAGGCUCAGGCCAGGCUCUCCGACCCCGUUUACGGUUGUGUCUCAACAAUCCUCACCCUGCAGCAACAGGUGGCAUCUCUUCAAGCAGAGCUUGCAAUGGUACAAACACAGAUAAUGAACAGCAGAUUUGCAGUAGCAAAUGCCCUUCAGACUUCUCAGCAACAACAUCAACAUCAACAUCAACAACAACAACAGCAUCUUCAGCAACAUGCAGCAGCUCUGCAGCCUGCAUAUUCCAAUACUUCUUCUGCUUCAAACAAUCUCCUAAACAUAAGUAACUUCAGCUCCAAUUUCGACCUCACCUCCGGGGCCCCUAAUUUCGACCCCAUUGUUCAGCUCUCACACCCCUCCCAGGAGGAAGAGGAAGAUGAAGAACAGAGCCACAACCCCAUUGCAUUUACCAAUCACAUGUUCCGUUAGUCCUUUCUUGAUGAAUAAUAAUAUGCAUGGGAUCCAAAAUUAGGAGAAAAGAAAAUCAUACAAUGUCUGUCAGCCAGAGUUUUCUCUUUUGAGUUUUUGUUUUUGU